AUGCUGCACUAUGUCCACGCCAUUAUGUUGCCGGACGUGCGCGAUGAACCCGCUCGCUUCCGCAACUUUGUUGCCACUGUCGAGGAUGCCCUGGGCCGGUUGGGUCUGGAAGAGUGCGUCCUGGUGCCGAACGCGUCCCCGGACCAUCCCAUGGGCUUUGUAUUGAUUGACUGCAGUAGUCUGGAGGAACUUCGCGAGGUCUUGCAGCUUCAAUUGGCGCCCACUUAUGCACCACAUGCCAAAGUUCUCAACUGCAAAACACCUCGAGUGGGCAACGUCAUCACCAAGAAAGUUUUGAGCCAAAACUACCCGCGUCUCUUCCAACACAUGCAUAGUGCCUUAGAUCGUGCUGAAGUCACCGAUCUUGUGGCUGACUGGCGACGCAAUGGGAUGAACUUUCCCGACUGGUUUGCGCCAUACUAUCGCGAGUCCUGCGACAAGGAGUAUUGCAUGAAGCUCAACCACAAACGCGCCCUCGGCUGUCGUAGCGUCAGCACCUGCUCGCGCGUCCACCGCUGCGCCCUUUGCCACCAGGAGGGCCACGGUGCCUUUUCUUACGACUGCCCGGACCGUCGGCUCAUGACCUUCUCCGUUCAUGAGCUGCAGCGCUUGGGCUUUGAUAUCUUGUGCUGGGAGGACAUUGUCGACUCGGAUUUCAGCAGCUGUGGUCACUUUCAAAAGAUAUCCCCUGAAGAAUUGCAAGCCGUGCCUGCCGCCAGCUUGGCCAGCGGCAGCAACGGAAGCUCAUCCACUUUGGUCGGCUCUUGGCAUCCCGGUGGCUCACCUGUGGGCAACGGCCAGUUGCCACGUAGCUCUGCCCCCUCCUCUAUAACUUCAGCUCCGCCAGCCCUCCGCACACCGGCCGCAUCGGACUUGGGUAGUCGUGGCAGCCAUGACUUGCGUCACCCUCCGCGCUCUGGCGGUGCCCCCGGAUCUCCUCUGACCACCCCUGCCAGUUCGGGAAGUUCUGUCGACAUGUUUGGUCACAGCAGCCCUCUUCGCUCCAGCCGGCUCUCUGGUGCCAGCCAGGUUCUUAGCGAAGGCAGUCGUAGUCAGAGCCAAGGGCAAAGUCUCACGAGCCAAUCAAGUUUGUGGGAUCAGCCCUCUGCUGCCUCAACGCGUUCACAUACGAGUAGUCUUGCGUGGGGCGGCACCCCCUUGACCGACGAUGGACCGCCGUCCAUGGUGCCUCUUGAUAUGGAGGAUACCAAGUCAUCGACUUCCGGCUGGUCGUCAGGUCUUCAUCGACCAGGUGAAGACGCACAGUCUACGAGCGGAUUUGGGUAUGCGCUGGGCAAUCGUGCUGGGGAUUCACUGGCGCACUUGGUUGAUGACGGACCACCACCCAUGUUGCCUCUGGGCUUGGACGAGCCUUCUAGCGACAGCAAUGAUGCUGGCCCGCCUUCCAUGGUGCCCUUGGAGGAUGACAUUGCGGCAGAUGCAGGUACUUCCCAGCCCAAGCCCCAAGGCUCUUCAUCCCGUCGCACCGGCGGGGUGGCAAGCCGUAGCGAGGGGCAGCCGAAUCGACCACCCGGAAUUGCUUCCUCGUCAAGUGGAGCGAAGACUAGCGCAGGAGGCCCAGCGGCUCUUGUGCCGCUGGGCGAGGAUGGGGCAUCGGAUGCUGCUUCUACUGCGAGUCGUGACUGGCGGGCUGACGGGGUAUACUCGACAGCAGCUCACUCAUCGCCCGAACCUGCCAUGAGUCCUGGUGGAACGAUGGGGUUGGGCAUGGGCGGGCCAUCUCGCGCCAUGUAUCCUCUGAACAUGGGCAAUAUGUAUCCUCUAAACAUGGGCGGCAUGGGCGGCAUGGGCGGCAUGGGCAGUAUGGGCGGCAUGGUCAGCAUGGGCGGCAUGGGCGACAUGAGCCGCAUGGGUGGCAUGAUGUCCAUACCCGGUUACGCGCCUCUCAUGUUCCAAGACAACAUCGAGCAACUAGCGGCGUCCUUGGCCGGCGUAUCACUGAUUGCCCUGGCUGAUUGGGCGGCUACCCGACGCAAGGUUCUGGCGCUGCAGAAAGAUAUGAUGGAGUUGGCAAUGCAGCUACGGGAGGAGCAACCUGCAGCAAUGGGCGCAUUAGAAGAGUUGAAGCGGGCGCGUCACAGCUCUGCGAGUAUGUUGGAAUUUGUCCAGAAAGUGAUUCUCCCGCUCGCUGUGGACCCGGCUGCGGUGGUCGGCGACCUCGACCCGCAGACCCUGCGGGAAUACAACUAUACUCAAUUUUGCGAGCGCGUGGGUCCCUGUAAGGUGGGGCCCUACCGGCGCAUGAUGGAGGUUUUGCGGCGCGUCAUGGAUCCUCAAGUGGCAUUGGAUCAGGUAGUGCGGGGCUUGUCGGCUCGCGAUAAUCAGCUCGGCACGAGUUCGGUCCGAGAAUGGCUGCAGCGACAGGGCUUUGGUGAUGAAGACACGGCUGACCUGUUUGAGCAGCACGACGUGGAUGCAGUUGUUUUGCCCUGGUUGACCAUGGCCGACCUGGAUGCCAUUGGUAUCAAGAAAGCGGAGCGUCGCAAGGCUCUCCUAUGGGAACUGCGUCAAUGGAACAGUUCUGUUUGA